AUGAUUUCGAAUGCGUUCUUCCAUCCCUUGUCCCCUAUCCCAGGAAACAAGCUAGUCGCUUCUACACGCUUGUUUGAAGCGCUACUCAUCCUAUCCGGCAGAGUUCAUUACUGCUUCCCUCUAGUCCAUAAGCUAUAUGGAAAAGUGGUCAGGGUCGGGCCAAAUAUUGUCUCUGUGGCUGAUAAAGACAUGAUUCGAGAGAUAUUAGUGACAACUGACUACCCCAAAACCGCCCAUUAUCAAGUCUUUGAUUUAGGAGGCCAUGAAAACCUAUUCUCAGCCCGCAACAAGAGCUUCUAUAAGAGCCGACGUCGACUUGUCGCUCCAGCUUUCGGUCUGCAAUACCUUCGGUCUGUUGAACCCCAUAUUCAUAAGUGCAUUAGAGCCCUCCUGCAAGAGAUCGAUGGUAUUCUCACUGGUUCGAGGACGACGAAGAAUAAAACCGCUAAAGUGCUUCCAUCUGGUCAGAUCAAUAUUUAUUCUUUUAUGAUCCGACUCUCACUUGACAUGAUCGGAGAGAUCGCAUUUGGCCAAUCCUUUGAGACGGUCAAGGAUGAUGCCCACCCGGUUCCUCACCAGCUAAAAAAGACAAUCAGGCAAAUGAUGCAACAAACGUUCAUUCCAUGGAUAAAAUAUGUGGACCCCUUCGAUUCCUCUUUUCUAGAUUUUGGUGCUACUUGUGUCAAGCAGCGUAAGGCUAGUGAUGAAGAGGGGCGACGUGCAGACCUGCUACAGUAUCUGAUUGACGCACAAGCCAAAGAAAGAGAGGACAGUAAUGGCGGUAGCAAGCAUGAGGACACGGCUUGUGAGGAAUUUACAGAUCAGGCUAUCGGAGUUGAGACAUGUGUUUUCCUGGUCGCCGGAGCAGAUACCUCGUCCAUUAUAAUGACAUUUACGCUCAUGUUCUUGGUCAAGCAUCCAGAUAAGCUGAUCAAGCUGAGAUCAGAGCUUGACUUCGCAACUGCUACCAAUCCUUGUGGAUCCCUACCUACUUAUGAGCAAAUCCGCAAGCUUCCAUAUCUGACAGGAUGCAUCAACGAGUCCAUGCGGCUCCGUCCUCCUGCUCUAAGUAUACCACGAGAUGUUGAUGAAGAUGUAGUCAUAAAUAACUAUUAUUUUCCAAAGGGAACAACCCUACUUCCGUACCCAUUGCAUCUUCAUUUGUCUGAGGAGUACUUUCCGCAGGCUGAUAAGUAUAUUCCAGAGCGCUGGAUUCCUGAUGAGUCACCUUUCCCACCUGUUCAGGACUUUACAUAUUACCCUUUCUCUGCAGGUAGUCGCAACUGUAUUGGCAAAAACCUUGCAAUGAUGGAAAUGCGACUGGUCCUGGCGGCGUUGGUUCGUACCUACGAUAUGGAGUUAGUUCCUAAUCAGCGUGAGGAUCGUGUGCAGUACUUGACACCGUCGCUGGCCACAGGAAGUUAUAUUAUCAAGAUGAAGAGACGACAAGAAGAGUAG